CUUUGCGCAAGCGCAGUAGCCGCGUAGCCGCCAUUGGGCUGUCAGUCUGGCGUGCGAGUGGAGGCUGAGGCACAGUUUCAGGUUGGAAACAUGGAGUUCCAAGCAGUGGUGAUGGCUGCGGGAGGGGGAUCCCGGAUGACAGACUUGACGUCCAGUGUUCCCAAGCCCCUGCUCCCUGUUGGUAAUAAACCUUUGAUCUGGUACCCGCUGAACCUGCUGGAGCGCGUUGGGUUUGAAGAGGUAAUUGUGGUGACAUCCAAAGAUGUGCAGAAGUCUUUGCCGCAUGCAGAUUUCAAGAUGAAACUUGAUGUGGUGUGUAUCACAGAUGAGACCGACAUGGGGACGGCUGACUCCCUUCGUCACAUUUCUCAGAAAAUUAAGACAGAUGUGUUGGUGCUGAGCUGUGAUCUGAUAACAGACGUUGCGCUCCAUGAAGUUGUGGACUUAUUCCGCGCACAUGAUGCUUCUCUUUCCAUGUUGAUGAAGAAAGGCCAAGAGUCCAUAGAACCAGUCCCAGGACAGAAAGGGAAAAAAAAGCCAGUGGAGCAGCGGGAUUUCAUCGGCGUGGACAGCACGGGAAAGAGGCUGCUCUUCAUGGCCAACGAGGCUGACUUGGACGAAGAACUCGUCAUUAAGGCAUCCAUCCUGCAGAGGCAUCCUAGAAUUCAUUUCCAGACUGGUCUUGUGGAUGCCCAUCUCUACUGCCUGAAGAAAUACGUUGUGGAUUUCCUGGUUGAAAACAAGUCAAUCACAUCCAUCCGGAGCGAGCUGAUUCCAUACUUAGUUAGGAAGCAGUUCUCCUCUCCUUCAUCACUGCAGGGACGAAUCGAAAAAGACGGGACCCCAGAGAAGAAGGACCAGAAGUCCAUAGAUAUCUACAGCUUCAUAAAGGACAAUGACCUAUUGACUGUGGAGCCCCACAAUACUUACUGGAAGGACUGUCAAGGGGAUGGGCAGGAAGCCUUUGCUCGAGGCCGAGUCAGCUGCUACGUCCAUGUCAUGAAAGGGGGGGUCUGCUCUCGAGUGAACACCCUGGGGCUCUACAUCGAAGCCAACAAGCAGAUCCCCAGAUUGCUGCCUCUUCUCUGCCCUGAGGAAGCCUUGCUUCACCCAUCUGCACAGAUCUCUGACCAGGCCCAGGUUGGGGCUGACAGCAUCAUUGGCCCAUCUGUACAGGUGGGCGAGAAGACUUCCAUUAAACACUCCAUCGUUGGGUCCAGCUGCCUCAUAAGAGACAGAGUGAAAAUCACCAACUCCCUGCUCAUGAACUCUGUCACCAUUGAGGAAGGGUGCAGCAUCCAGGGCAGUGUGAUCUGUAACAACGCCAUCAUCGAGAAAGGGGCAGACAUCAAGGAUUGCCUAAUUGGGAGUGGUCAGCGGAUAGAAGCCAAAGCCAAGAGAGUGAACGAGGUGAUCGUGGGGAGUGACCAGCUCAUGGAGAUCUGAGGUUGCCAGUGUCCACAUCCAUCCGCUGAAGCCUUCCAGGAGCAGGCAGAGGCCCAGCCUUUGCCAACCACAGCCACUUUCCCGCCUGGCUCUGUUUGUAUUGAUCUCCCAAUAAAGACAUGUCUCCGGUGGGCUCUGUAGACUCCGGGGGCUGUCCUGUCUUCUCCUCAGACACAUGACCCUCGGCCAGUGGGACUUCUCCAAGGACCACACAGUCUGCUGUUUGAACAGUGACACAGACCAUCUGUGCUGAGCUAAACAGAGGUUCUCGGGCCUGGGGCCCUGCUCAGCCUAAUCAUUCCCCUACCCCCAGGAAUGGCAGCUUCAGGGUCAUUCUGAGUCAGGUGGCUGGAGAGAUGGAGCACUCCCAGGGAUUAGCUCUUAUCUCUCCUCCUACCCCAAGUCCAAGAGGCUUUGCAGCUGACCCUGCGACUUUGACCCUCCCCACCCUGGCUCCCAGUGGUGCUUUCUAGAGCCCAGUCACCCCCAGGGCUUCAGCUUAACAGUGCCCGGCUAAACUGGGUGAGAUCCAAGGCCAGGCUCUCCCAGGGCUUGUUGCUGGUGGGACCGAGUCAGAAAGGCCGACAGCGGUUGGCUAGUGCCCUGAAGUACCCUGUUAUUCUCUAGCUGUCUCCUGUAUCUCAUGGAAGGCAGGUGGGCACCUUUCUCCCCUCCCCCCUUCUCCCUGCACAGGAUGGGACUAUGGGGAGGUUUCUCCUGCUCUGCUUUUAUGACCUGCAGGUGUUUGGUGGGAGAUAAAAGUAGGUCCUGGGGUAAGAUUUCAUAGCCCAGAAUUAUCAAAGUAAAGGUCCUCCCAGUGGGUGGCGGUAAUUAAAAAAAUAAUUUGAAA